ACAACUGGAAUUGCGGGAGGAGGACCUUGGACCUCUGCCUGAUGGCUGGGAGGUGAGAAGGACCACAAGCGGCCGGGUGUAUUUUGUGGAUCACAACAACAGAACCACACAGUUCACAGAUCCCAGAUUAUCACAGAAUUUACACUUGCUGCAGGAACGAUUUCCAUCCCAAGACAAGGAAAAUGAGCAGCCAAAUGUACCCAAGUAUAAACGGGAUCUUGUACAAAAGAUGAAAGUUCUCAAACAGGAAAUCGGCUCCCUCCAGCCCCAGGCGGGUCACUGUCGGCUGGAAGUCAGUCGCGAGGAGGUGUUUGAGGAUUCCUAUCGACAAGUUAUGAAAAUGAGGUCAAAGGACUUGCGCAAGCGUUUAAUGGUGAAGUUUCGAGGCGAGGAAGGUCUCGAUUAUGGUGGUGUUGCCAGAGAGUGGUUCUACCUGCUGUCUCAUGAGAUGUUGAAUCCCUACUACGGCCUGUUUCAGUAUUCCAGAGAUGAUAUCUACACUUUACAGAUCAACCCUGAUUCUGGGGUUAAUCCGGAACACCUGUCUUACUUCCAUUUUGUGGGCCGAGUGAUAGGAAUGGCCAUCUUUCACAGCCACUAUCUGGACGGAGGCUUCACCAUGCCUUUCUACAAACAGCUCCUGAGUAAACCGGUCACCCUGGAUGACCUAGAGAGUGUGGAUCCUCACUUACAUCGCAGUCUUUGUUGGAUGCUAGACAACAACAUAGAAAACGUCUUAGACCAUACAUUUUCUGUGGAGCACCACUCGUUUGGCCUCAUGCAAGAGCACGAGUUGAAGCCAGGGGGCAAAGACAUCAGUGUCACAGACGAGAAUAAACGAGAGUAUGUCAGAUUAUAUGUACAGUGGAGAUUCAUGCGAGGCAUCGAGGCUCAGUUUCUCUCCUUACAGAAAGGCUUCAAUGAAAUUAUUCCUCAACAUUUACUCCGUCCUUUUGACGAGCGAGAGUUAGAGUUGAUGAUUGGUGGCCUUGGCAAAAUCGACCUGGAUGACUGGAAGAAGCACACUCGCCUCAAGCACUGCACGUCAGAGACCAACAUUGUCCGCUGGUUCUGGAGGGCAGUUGACAGUUUUGAUGAUGAAAUGAGGGCCAGGUUGCUCCAGUUUGUCACCGGCAGUUCCAGAGUUCCUCUACAAGGGUUCAAGGCAUUACAGGGAUCAACAGGAGCAGCGGGCCCUCGACUGUUCACCAUACACCAGGUGGAUAUUUGCACAGACAAUCUACCAAAAGCUCACACUUGUUUCAACCGCCUUGACAUCCCACCAUAUGAGAACUAUGAGAAGUUUCUGUCCAAGCUGACGUGUGCUGUCGAAGAAACCUGCGGGUUUGCUGUAGAGUAA